CGUCGAGACGUGCGGACGCUGGCCAAGGCCGAAGGCUGAGUUGGCAACCGAGUCCCUGACCGACAUGGAGCUGCCGCAGAUGCCGGAGCUGAUGGGGCUGUCCCUGUUGGUGGGGCUGCUGGCCCUGAUGGCGACGGCGGCGGUAGCACGAGGCUGGCUGCGCGCCGAGGAGGAGAGGAACAGCCGGCCGGUCCGCCAAAAAGCAAAUGAAUCGAAAAAGUCAGGAACCAAGAAGCAGAAACAGCAGCAGCGGAUUCGCAAGGAAAAGCCUCAACCGCACAGCUUCACCCACCCCCUUCUGGCUGCGGCACUGAAGAGCCACAGUGGGAACAUCUCUUGUAUGGACUUCAGCAGCAACGGCAAGUACCUGGCCACGUGUGCGGAUGACCGCACAGUGCGCAUCUGGAGCACCAAGGACUUCCUGCAGCGGGAACACCGUAGCAUGAGAGCCAACGUGGAGCUGGAUCAUGCCACCCUGGUGCGCUUCAGCCCUGACUGCAGAGCCUUUGUGGUUUGGCUGGCCAAUGGGGACACCCUCCGUGUCUUCAAGAUGACCAAGCGAGAAGAUGGAGGCUUCACCUUCACUGCCACGCCAGAGGACUUCCCCAAGAAGCACAAGGCACCUGUCAUCAACAUUGGCAUCGCUGACACAGGAAAGUUCAUCAUGACUGUGUCCAGCGACACGAUGGUCCUCAUCUGGAAUCUGAAGGGCCAGGUGCUGUCCACUAUCAACACCAACCAGAUGAACAACACCUAUGCUGCCAUAUCCCCGUGUAGCAGGUUUGUGGCCUCCUGUGGUUUUACCCCAGAUGUGAAGGUCUGGGAAGUCUGCUUUGGGAAGAAGGGAGAUUUCCAAGAGGUGGUGCGAGCCUUUGAGCUGAAGGGUCAUUCCGCUGCUGUCCACUUCUUCGCCUUCUCCAAUGACUCCCGGAGGAUGGCCUCUGUGUCCAAGGAUGGCACAUGGAAACUGUGGGACACGGAUGUGGAGUACAAGAAACAGCAGGAUCCCUACCUGCUGAGGACAGGCCGCUUUGAAGAGGCGAGCACCAUGCCGUGCCGCCUGGCCCUGUCCCCUGAUACCCACGUGUUGGCUGUGGCCAGCGGCACCAGCAUCCAUCUCUUCAACACCCGUCGGGGUGAGAAGGAGGAGUGCUUUGAGCAGGUCCACGGAGAGUGCAUCACUGACUUGUCUUUUGACAUCACAGGCCGCUUCUUGGCCUCAUGUGGGGACCGCGCUGUGCGGCUCUUCCACAAUACCCCUGGCCACCGGGCAGUAGUGGAGGAGAUGCGGGACCUCCUGAAGCGGGCCUCCAGUGAUAGCACCCGGCAGAGGCUGCAGCAGCAGCUGGCCCAGGCCCAGGAGGCCCUGAAGAGCCUGGGGGCCCUCAAGAAAUGACUGGCUCAGCAACUUGUGUUCCCAGGUGCCCGUGGGCAUUCCCCUGGCUUGCUUCUGGAUGGCCCUCUUCUCCUUUGUCCCACUGAACUGUUCUCGUCUUCUUAGAUCGCUCUUGAUCCUUACUGGUUUUGACUCCUGCCGGACUGGAAGCCAAGGUGCUUCUUUUUCUUGGGCCCAAAGGGUGGUCUGCUUUCACCCAGCACUGAGGAGAGGGAUAGAGAAGAGACAUACACCUUAAUGCGGCACCUGAAAUCAUCUGCAAAUGUUGAGGCAAAACCGAGGGUAUGUCUGAGCCAUUGUCUCUCAGUCUUGAGGCUGACAUGAGGUGUAGCAGCUAAAAGCCAGGCAGCUGUUAGGAGGUGCUGCAGGGCAGGGCAGGGGAGGGCGGUCUUCAUCUGGGCCUCUUAACCCCACAAGAAGUAAUGAAGGCCAUGCAUUCCGGGCCUCAGUUUUCUUAUUUGUAAAAUGGGAACUAAUGCUUUCCGUGACCUUCGGGAGACAUAAGCCUAAUAGGGUAGAACUUUCUGCCUUUGGAAGAGAAGGAGCAGGAAUCGGAUAGUGUCCAGUGUUGGAAAUCAAACUGUACUUUGAAACUGUAAUAGAAAGAAACAUGUUCCUUGGGAAGGGAAAAUUUACUACGACUCCAUCAUAUAUUGCAUGUGUUAUGUUUGGUCCCAGGUUGGGACUUCCACUCUUUUGGGAGGUGGGGCCCACUGACCCCUUUGUCAAAUGUUUCAGUGCCAUUUCUGGGAUCAGCGCAGGACCAGGUACUGGUGAGAAAUAGGGAAAACUGUCAAUGAUGGUUGGUGGGAGAGAAACAGAUGCAUUUAAGAAAUGCCUUAAUUCACCGCUGCUGUAGACUGUUGUAAAGGUCAAGGUGAGGAGGGCUGCUUGAGGGCAGACCUGAUGAGGCAAUGUUCUGGAACCUACCUACCCAUGGCUUCAGGACUGCUUGCUUGUGGGAGGUAAGGGGGAUGGAGAAUCCAGGC